AUGUUAAAAGAAGUGGAAGAAGAGGCCAGUAAGCUGGUGUCAGCAAAGUUCGAUGAUGCACUCUGGCUGAUGAAAGCUAGUGAAGAGCUUGAUAAGAUGAAAGACCAACUGAACGAAUCGUCUUACAAAGCGAAAGUAUUGGUGCUAAAUGCUCAAAUAUUGGAUCGUAUUUCGUGUAUGGAUGCUAUCAGCGUUCGAAACGAUCGCAUUCUCACCUUGAUUAAUAAAUUGGAUUCAACAAUAAAGGAAAGCGACCGACUAGCAAGAACGCCAGCAUUGGACCAUUUUCAAGCAUACGCCAAGUGCCUGUUAUUCGAACGUAUCGGAGAUUACUUGAUCAGUCGUCAUUCUCGUGCACCAAAUGAAUAUGGAAUAACAGGUGAGGGCGAUGUAACAUAUGGACUGGGGAGUUACAUGUUAGCAUUGAAUGCUUUGCUACAUUCAACUCCGGUCACACCUCGAUUAGCUGCGGUUUGCGCUCGCGAUAUCCUUAUACUCCAUACAAUUCUUUGCAACUCGUCUCCUGAUCUGAUCAGUACAGCUGAAAAACUGAUCAAUAAUAAGCAGAUAGGUGAAAAGCUUCUGAAUGUGCUUCAAAAAGGACAAAUAGGUCACAGUCAUGCUCUUUCUUAUGUUUCUACUGUUACGUCGUGUGUUUAUACGAAAAAGUUAGGAAGUUCAAUGGAGCAAUACGCAUCGAUGUCGUUCAUGGACAAUUUUCUGCAAGUAUUACCAGACGAACCGGACAGUAGCAGUUUGCAACAAAUUGAUGAAAGGUCACUGUCACGUAAGGAUGUUAAGGUACUGCUGAUAGCUUAUUCCAAGUGGAUAUCACUGGAAUGGGAAUCAAGUGCGAAGUAUAAAACAUUCAAUGCCAUCAAAAUGAUACCACCACCUUUCGUUUCCGUUCUUCUCCCUUCUGCUAUCAACAAAUUUUGGAUUGCUUUACUGCAAAGACUCGAUGACGCAAAACAGUCGUAA